AUGUUCCUGUCCUUGCUGGCCUUCUGCCAGUCGCAGCUGAAGCCGCACCUGCAGUUUUCGGUGAUGCUGGGCUUCUUCGGCCCGAUCGCCAGCCUCGUGCCGCACCUCGGGCCCCAGGCCCCCGGCAUCCUGCUGCCCGUCCGGCUCUGCGUCGUCAUCAGGGCCUGGGCUUCAGAGAUACCCGAGAAUGCUCUGGUGUCGGUGGUGCAGCUGCUGCAAGGCUUCCUCCGAAGCGAGAGCCCCAAGGCGGUGCGAUUGGCAGCCUUAUCGCCCCUGAGAGCCAUGUUGGAUCGCUUCUCGGACAGUGAGGCUUGGACGGAGGUCCAGGGGGCGCUGAUCGAUUCCUGCUUGGCCCUUCUCUACAUCGUCCAGGCUCCGGAGGUGCAGUGGCGCUGCCUGAAUCUGAUCCACCUCUUCCUGGUGGAAGAGGCCGAGAGUGGGAGGUAUCAGGCCACUGAGAAGACGCUCGAGCAGCUUGUGGCGCUCUGGCGGCGGCCGGAAGAGGGAGAGCUCUUGAUCCGCCAUGCGCUCUUAGACGUGCUCCGUGCCUUGGUGCUGAUGUCGGACAGGACCCGAAGCCCUCGCCUGUCGUUGUCGCCACCGCUCCUGUCCUGCUGUCUGACCGUGAUAUCAGACUGCUAUGCCGCUCACAGAGGUCCUUCCUCGCCUCAGCGGAGUGGCUACGAAGCCACGGCAGCACUUCAGGCAGAUGCAGAAUCAGCGGCAGGAGCACUGGGCGAUGCAGGCAGUGCCACUGCGACGCUGUUCGACUCGGGCAGUGUUCUGUUUCUGGGUGUGCUGAGAACCGUGGAUGUGGAGCAGGCAGCUCCUCUGAUGCCUUUCUUUCCCAAGCUUCUAGCGCAGCAGACUGCUCUGGGUGGGCGACCACCUGAGUGGACGAUGGACAUUCUGCUGGAGUAUUGCGCCUUGCACUGCUCGGGUGGUGCGGCUGCUCACUUGGAACAGUUUUAUCCCGCUCUGCUCCAGAUUUGUCAAUCGCAGCUGAACUUGCCAGAUCAGAGUCGCACCACCGACAUGUGCCUGCAGCUUCUCCAGUUAUUGGUGGCCCACGCCCCAACUGCCGAUGCUCUUGCGAAAGCACGUGAAGUGGCCGCUCCGUUGCUCAGACUUUGGGUCACCACUGCGAGCAACGACGCGGGAACCACGAAAAGUGCAUUUGCAUAUCCGAUCACCACCUUCCUGGCGCUGAUUGGGGCCUGGCAUGCGUCUCACCCCAGGGACUUCCUGGAGCAGGCCAGUGCGGUGGGGCCGCAGCGUGUGGCGCUGCUGCUUGCCGUCUCCUGCAAGCAGGCAGCUGCGGUCGCCCUGCGAUGUUCCAUCAUCAGUGCUGCCCUGGCGCUGGCUGAAAGUGGUGUGGAUCCGAUGUUCUGGAGGGAGAUAAUGACUGCCUGCAAUGACUUGAUCAUGGCAGCACAGAGGGGCAUCUCCAGCGCACUCGCUAAGACGCUGCAGUCCCUCAAGUCGAAGCUCUCUGCAAAGCUUCCUGCACCAGCUCGCAGCGCUGCAGAGCUGCAGAUCUGCCUCCUGCCCGCGGAUCUCAGGCGGAGCAACCUCAAAGAGGAUGGCUCCCUGGAAGAUACAGCGGUGGCUCGCUGGCUCUUCGGGCGUCUUGCUGCCUUGCUAAAGCAGCUGGGUGCCACACAUGGUGAGCAGGUCAAGGCACUGCUGGCUGCUGCACCUCAACAGGUGCAAGAUGCCCUUCGAAGCAGCGGCCUGUGA